AUGCAUAUCUUCAUCCACAUUGAUGGUGUGCAGGCACCUGCAUAUGUGUGUAAGUCAUGUGGUGAGGUAUUGCCCACUGAUCACAGCUUGCAAGAACAUUUGAGAAUGAGUGAGGGUGACCAAGCAUUAUCAGCUGCCAACAGUGAGAAACUUGAAUGCAGUGAUGACCAUGAAAACAACAUCUCCUCAGAAAGUGUACGAGAAGAAAUUGUGGAACAGACUGAGAAGCAAUCUUCAUCCAAGGAAACCAGGAAAACUUUAAGGAAAUCCUUUAGUGACAUAUGCAAUACACAUACUGUGACACAAGUUGCAGAGAAACUCAGAUGUGAUGACUAUGGAAUUACCUGUACAAGUGAUCAUGUUAAUGUCCACACUGUGCUAAGUGCAAAGAGACAUCACAAAUGUGAUGUUUGUGGUAAAUUGUUUACUCAUUCAGGCAGUCUCAAGGUACAAGAAUUAAUACACACGGGAAAGAGACCCCACAAAUGCCGUGUAUGUGGAAAAUCGUUUACUCAGUCGGGCAAUCUAAAGAUACACGGAUUAAUACAUACAGGAAAGAGACCCCAUGAAUGCGGUGUUUGUGGAAAAUCGUUUACUCAGUCGAGCAGUCUCAAGACACAUGAAUUAAUACAUACAGGAAAGAGACCCUACAAAUGUACUGUUUGUGGCAAAUCGUUUAUUCGUCCGGGCAAUCUCAAGGCACAUGAAUUAAUACACACGGGAAAGAGACCCCACAAAUGCCGUGUUUGUGGAAAAUCGUUUACUCAGUGGAGCACUCUCAAGACACAUGAAUUAAUACAUACAGGAAGGAGACCCCAUGAAUGUGGUGUUUGUGGAAAAUCGUUUACUCAGUCGGGCAAUCUAAAGACACAUGAAUUAAUACAUACAGGAGAGAGACCCUACAAAUGUACUGUUUGUAGCAAAUCGUUUAUUUGUUUGGGGAAUUUCAAGGCACACGAAUUAAUACACACGGGAGAGAGACCCCACAAAUGCCGUGUUUGUGGAAAAUCGUUUACUCAGUCGAGCAGUCUCAAGACACAUGGAUUAAUACAUACAGGAAAGAGACCCUACAAAUGUACUGUUUGUGGCAAAUCGUUUAUUUGUUUGGGGAAUUUCAAGGCACAUGAAUUAAUACACACGGGAAAGAGACCCCACAAAUGCCGUGUUUGUGGAAAAUCGUUUAGUCAGUCGAGCAGUCUCAAGACACAUGAAUUAAUACAUACAGGAAAGAGACCCCAUGAAUGCGAUGUUUGUGGAAAAUCGUUUACUCAGUCGGGUCAUCUCAAGAGGCAUUUGUUGACACACAUGGGAAAAAGACCCUACAAAUAUAGUGUUUGUGGUAAAUUGUUUCCUCAAUGGGGCAGUCUCAAGAAACAUGAAUUAAUACACACUGAACAGGGACCACACAAAGUCAAUGUUGGUGGCAAAUCGUUUUCAGAACUGGGUCAUCUAAAAACACAGAAAUUAAUACACGCAGGAAUGAGCCCCCACAAAUAUGAUACUUGCGGCAAAUAUUUUUCUUCCUCUGGUAAUCUCAAGGGAAUCAUUAGUACACACUGGUAA